AUGGCAGAGCCUCAACCAAAAAAUGUCCAAGAGGGCGCAUCCGGAGACGUCGAAGAUGAGGUCCAAACUACCGCCAAGUCAGCCGAGGAUCGAAAGGCUGCUGCUGCUAUGGCGAGUCUCGACACUCGCGGAGACGAUGCUGGUUCGUCCAACGCUGUCGAUCAGGAGGCUGUAAGCAAAGCUAUGCAGAGCCUCGGGAGUGGCCCCUCUACUGGCGCCGCGAAGGAUGCCAAAAAGGUCAAGGUUGACCCUGCUGACGUUUUGUUAUUGGUCGAUGAGCUUGAUUUAACCAAAGCAAAGGCUACCGAGUUGCUUAAGGCGCACGACGGCGACGCAGUUUCAGCUAUGAAGGCUUUUAUUGCUACGUGA